AUAUAUACAACACCACCACACGGGCCUUCAAACAAAGCCAUCUCACACAACACAACACAAACAACGAACAAAACAAACGUUGUUCUGCUACUACUACAACCUCUGUAUCUCUUUCCCUGUUUGUACAACUCAAAAAUAGACAGAAAAAAUGGAUGGAAGCUGCAUGGAUGAAACCACAACUAGUGAUUCCAUAUCCAUAUCCAUUUCUCCAUCAAAUAUUUCACCUUUGCCUCCUGUUACUAAAUCUCCCGACUCUCUCUGCCGAGUUGGAAGUGGAACCAGCGUGAUUGUGGAUUCUGAAGCUGGGGUCGAAGCUGAAUCAAGAAAGCUCCCUUCUUCCAAGUACAAAGGCGUUGUUCCUCAACCCAACGGCCGAUGGGGUGCUCAGAUAUACGAGAAGCACCAACGUGUCUGGCUUGGAACUUUUAAUGAAGAAGAUGAGGCUGCCAAAGUCUAUGACAUAGCUGCUCAAAAGUUUCGGGGUCGUGAUGCCGUGACUAACUUCAAACACCUCCAAGAAACUGACGAAGAUGAAAUCGAAAGGGCCUUCCUCAAUUCACAUUCCAAGGUUGAAAUCGUUGACAUGUUGCGUAAGCAUACUUACAAUGAUGAGCUCGAGCAGAGUCGGAAAAGCUAUGGCUUCAAUGGGAAUGGGAAACGUGUGGUCAGAAACGACGUUGGAUUUGGUUCCUUCGGUCUUAAGCUGAAAGCGCGUGAACAGCUCUUCGAAAAAGCUGUGACCCCAAGCGAUGUGGGGAAGUUGAACCGACUUGUAAUACCUAAGCAGCAUGCGGAGAAGUACUUCCCAUUGCAAAGUGGAACUGCUUCAUCGAAAGGAGUUCUUUUGAACUUCGAAGAUGUGACUGGCAAAGUUUGGAGGUUUAGAUAUUCCUAUUGGAAUAGUAGCCAAAGCUAUGUCUUAACAAAAGGGUGGAGCCGCUUUGUUAAGGAGAAGAACCUUAAAGCCGGUGACAUUGUUAGUUUUCAGAGAUCAACAGGGCCGGAGAAGCAGCUUUACAUUGACUGGAAACUGAGAACUGGGUUGGCUUUGGCUUUGGAGAACCCGGUUGGGCCGGUUGAAAUGGUCAGGCUAUUUGGAGUCAACAUUUUUAAAAUUCCUGGCAGUGAAAAUGUUGGUCUGGGUGGAUGUAACGGGAAAAGGACAAGAGAAAUGGAGCUGUGGGAAUUAGAGUGUAGCAAGAAACAGAGGGUAAUUGAUGCUUUGUAACAUUACCUAAUUAUUCCUUUCAAUUUUUUUUC